AUGCCUAAGGAACCAUCAACAAAGAGACUACCAUCAACCAACACAAAGUCAGAUGAAGGUAAAUCUGAAGGGAAACGGAAGAGACGUUACAAAUGCCAUCCAUUGGAGGCCUUUGUGAAGGUCGAUGAGGUACCCAUAAAUAUGCACCCAAGUCCUUUGUCCAUCAUCAACUAUGAACAUGAAGACCAUCACAAACAAGCAUCUAGAAUGGAAAUGAAGCUCGUAAACUUUCUGUGGGAUUUUAAUUCACCAUGCAACGGACAAGCAAGAUGUCGUUUACCAGUUGGUGAGUGUGAGGAACAAACCUUUGAUAUGUAUAUGUGUCGUACAAUGAAACCACAUAUGUACACAAGAAUAGAACAAUAUUCUCCUUGGAUCAAUCGAACAGGAGACACUGAAAUCAAUCGUCACAUAAUAUAUGAAUUUGAAUAUCCAAAUUUUCCUUCCUUUGGAGAUGGUGAAUGGGCCAAAAAUUAUAUGACCGUAAAUCAAAAGAACGUUGGUGAUAAUCUUAGAAAAAGAUUCCAAGUUGAUUUAAGUGAAGAUUUCGACAAUAUUGCUUACCGUUGCAUUGUAUCAAAGUUGGUGAUCUCUUACGACACCAGAUUGGAAUUAUAUUAUGCCUACUUGUGUCAUUGGGUUCAAGCGAAGGAUGGAAAAUAUUGGAUUGAGAGCUUUUGA